AACCCUAACGAGAUUAACAGCCUCCGAAGUGCGGAGCUUUAUAUUCCAAGCUGUUGGCGCUGGCUUUGCUUCUUUCGUGUUGCAGCAGCAACCUCAGUCUCUUAGUUGAUCUCAGGCGUCCCUGCUUCUUCACCUUCCCCUGUUGGCUUUACCAAGGAACAGCUAAGAUGGGUCGUGUUCGCACCAAGACAGUGAAGAAGUCCUCACGUCAUGUCAUUGAGAAGUACUACUCUCGCAUGACCUUGGACUUCCACACCAACAAGAAGAUUGUUGCGGAAGUUGCUCUCAUUCCUACAAAGCGCCUUCGUAACAAGAUUGCUGGCUUCUCUACACACUUGAUGAAGCGCAUUCAGAAGGGUCCAGUUCGUGGCAUUUCACUCAAGCUUCAAGAAGAAGAGCGUGAGCGUCGCAUGGACUUUGUUCCUGAUGAGUCAGCUAUUAAGACCGACGAAAUCAAGGUUGACAAGGAGACCCUUGACAUGCUUUCUGCUCUUGGCAUGGCUGAUAUUCCUGGCCUUGUUGAAGUCGAACCACAGGCUAUGAUUGCUCGCCCAGUUUUUGGUCGCCCGGGUGUUGCUGGUAGGAGAUACUGAGAUUAUUGGGCUGUGCAGGUCGACUUGAGAUUAAACAAGUUUUGAUGGUGUUACUUAAUAUUCUUGCUACUAGUGAAUUUUGAUGUUUUUUUAUGGAUAAUAUGGCACAUUGGUUUUUUUUUUUAAUAUUGAAUUUGGAUACAAAUGUUACCUUAAAGUUCAUUGAAUUGAUGAUGGCAAUCUCUCAUAUGAUUUUUGGUUUUCAA